UUCUUCCUUCUUCUGCAGUCUCUGCCUCUUCUCUCGCUUCCUUGUUCUUUCAACUCAGAAGAAUCAAUCAUAAUAAAAUAAAAAAAAAAUCCGAAUUUAUAUCUCUGUAAUUUGCUGCCCAAGAAAUCACCUCUGGAUUCCAAAACCUUGAUCGCUCCUUAGUCCUUAUUCUUUGGAUUAUGUUCAAGGGGGGCCAAUAGCUGAGCAGGGUGUUUGGAUUUUUAUGUGGAUGGAGCUCUUAUGUAUAUACCAAUAAAUCACUUGUGGUGGGUGGGGAAUAGCUUAUGGUGUCGAACAAGUUUAACAGUUAUCUUGAACACGGUCCUGUUCUUGUUCUAUUAGUUGCUUUCGGCACACUUUAGUUGGAUGUUCUGGGGAAUUUUGUAGAGUUGGAUUCGAUUGGAUUGGAUAAGUGCAACUACUUGGUUAGCUGAAAUCUCUUGAAGGCAUUUGGUUAUUUUUAUGAUGGAGAGCUUGGCCCAGUUAGAGGUGUUGUGUGAAAGGCUUUACAACUCUCAGGAUUCAGCAGAACGAGCACAUGCAGAGAACACCCUGAAAUGCUUUUCUGUGAAUGCUGACUACAUACCCCAAUGCCAGUUUAUUUUGGACAAUGCAUUGACUCCUUAUGCACUGAUGCUGGCUAGUUCAAGCUUGUUGAAACAAGUCACUGAGCAUAGUCUCUCAUUGCAGCUCCGCCUUGAUAUCCGAAACUACCUUGUAAACUAUCUGGCAAACAGAGGGCCCGAGUUGCAGUCCUUUGUGGUUGGAUCUCUAAUACAGCUUUUAUGUCGUAUUACCAAAUUCGGGUGGUUUGAUGAUGACAAAUUUAGAGAUGUGGUCAAGGAAUCUAUUAGCUUUUUGAGUCAGGCAACACCAGAACAUUAUGCUAUUGGAUUAAAGAUAUUGAACCAGCUUGUCUGUGAGAUGAAUCAGCCAAAUCCAGGAUUGCCCUCAACACAUCAUCGAAGAGUAGCCUGCUCCUUUAGGGAUCUGUCUCUGUUCCAAAUUUUUCACAUAUCAAUAACGUCAUUGCAUCAGCUAAAGAGUGAUGUCAUCAGCCGCUUGCAAGAGCUGGCACUUUCGCUUUCACUGAAAUGCCUGUCUUUUGAUUUUGUUGGGACAUCGGUUGAUGAAAGUGCUGAUGAGUUUGGUACUGUUCAGAUUCCACUAUCUUGGAAGCCAGUGUUAGAGGACUUUUCAACUGUGCAGAUAUUUUUUGAUUAUUAUACAAUUGCAAAGCCACCUAUCUCGAAAGAGGCUCUGGAGUGCUUAGUGCGAUUGGCAUCUGUCAGGCGCUCUUUGUUUACAACUGAUGUGACUCGUUCCAAGUACUUGGCACAUCUGAUGACAGGAACAAAAGAAAUUCUACGAUCAGGGACAGGUCUGGGUGAUCAUGAUAACUACCAUGAGUUUUGCCGCCUACUUGGACGUUUCAGAAUUAAUUAUCAGUUGUCAGAACUUGUCAAUAUGGAAGGAUACAGUGAAUGGAUACGUUUGGUAGCAGAGUUUACGUCAAAAUCUUUGCAGUCCUGGCAGUGGGCGAGCACCAGUGUUUAUUACCUUCUAGGGCUGUGGUCCAGAUUGGUAAGUUCUGUACCAUAUCUGAAGGCGGAUGCACCGAGCUUACUUGAUGAGUUUGUGCCAAAAAUUACUGAAGGUUAUAUCACAUCAAGGCUGGAUGCAACUCAGGCUGGAUUACCAGAUGAUCUUUCAGAACACCCUCUGGACAAUGUUGAGCUUCUUCAAGAUCAGCUUGAUUCCUUUCCAAAUCUUUGUAGAUUUCAGUAUGAAAGCAGUAGCUUGUUUCUUAUUAAUAUCAUGGAACCAAUUCUACAAACAUAUACGGAAAGAGCACAACUUCAACCUACUGAUGGUGGUGAACUGUCAGUCAUUGAAGCCAAACUUUCUUGGAUAGUGCAUAUAAUUGCUGCUCUCUUAAGAGUGAAGCAGUGUUCUGGUUGCAGCUCGGAUUCACAAGAAGUAAUUGAUGCAGAACUUUCAGCACGUGUAUUGCGUUUAGUUAAUGUCUCUGAUACUGGGUUGCACAGUCAGAGAUAUGGCGAACCAAGCAAACAAAGGCUUGAUCGUGCAGUUCUUACCUUUUUCCAAUUUUUCAGAAAGUCCUAUGUGGGUGAUCAAGCUAUGCAUUCAUCAAAGCAGUUAUAUGCCAGACUCUCUGAACUUCUUGGACUUCAUGAUCACCUUUUGCUGUUGGAUUUUUUUAUUCGAAAAAUUGCAACGAACCUCAAGUGUUAUACAGAGAGUGAUGAAGUUGUUGAUCACACUUUAAGUUUGUUCUUGGAGCUGGCUUCUGGCUAUAUGACUGGAAAGCUGCUGCUGAAAUUGGAGACUGUUAAAUUUAUUAUUGCCAAUCACACUAAGGAGCACUUUCCGUUUCUUGAAGACUAUAGAAGCUCACGGAGCAGAACAACUUUCUAUUAUACGAUUGGCUGGUUAAUAUUUUUGGAGGAUAGUCCUCUGCUAUUUAAGUCCUCCAUGGAUUCACUACUGCAAGUUUUCGUCACUUUGGGUGCCACACCUGAUGCUAUGUUCCGAACAGAUGGCGUGAAAUAUAAGUUAAUUGGGUUGAUGAGGGAUCUUAGAGGCAUUGCAAUGGCGACAAAUAGUCGAAGAACUUAUGGGCUUUUGUUUGAUUGGAUAUAUCCUGCUCACAUGCCUAUUCUUUUAAAGGGCAUCUCACACUGGGCUGAUACGCCGGAGGUUACAACUCCAUUGUUAAAGUUCAUGGCUGAGUUUGUAUUAAACAAAGCUCAACGCUUGACUUUUGAUUCUUCUUCUCCAAAUGGAAUAUUACUUUUUAGAGAAGUUAGCAAGCUUCUUGUUGCAUAUGGCUCAAGAGUUUUAUCUCUUCCAAAUCCUGCGGAUAUUUAUGCCUUCAAAUACAAGGGGAUAUGGAUUUCACUAACUAUCCUUGCAAGAGCUCUUGCUGGAAAUUAUGUGAACUUUGGAGUUUUUGAACUCUAUGGAGACAGAGCACUUGCUGAUGCACUCGAUAUUGCUCUUAAGAUGACACUGGCAAUUCCCUUGGCUGAUAUUUUGGCUUACAGGAAGCUGACAAAGGCAUACUAUGCAUUUUUGGAAGUUCUGUUCAAUAGCCACAUAGUUUUCUUGUUGAAUCUUGAUACAAACACUUUCAUGCAUAUAGUUGGCUCGCUUGAAUCUGGUCUGAAAGGUCUAGAUGGUGGUAUAUCCUCACAGUGUGCAUCAGCAAUUGACAAUCUAGCUUCUUACUAUUUCAACAACAUUACCAUGGGUGAAGCACCCACUUCACCAGCUGCAGUUAGUCUGGCAAGGCAUGUUUCAGAAUGUCCCACUAUGUUCCCAGAGAUACUCAAGACCCUCUUUGAGAUAGUUUUGUUCGAGGAUCUUGGCAAUCAAUGGAGUCUUAGCAGACCAAUGAUAAGCUUGAUACUUGUAAAUGAGCAGAUACUAACAGAUCUGAAAGCUCAUAUUUUGUCUUCACAGCCAAUAGAUCAGCAUCAGCGCCUUUCCCUGUGCUUUGACAAAUUAAUGGUUGAUGUUAAUCGAAGCUUGGAUUCAAAAAACCGAGACAAGUUUACCCAGAAUUUGACAAUAUUUAGGAAUGAUUUUCGUGUCAAAUAGCUAUAUGCUUGUGGGAUUACCUCCAAUUUUAAUCCACUUGCACUCGUAAUGAUAUCUGUCACCUUGAGGAUUCAUCUCCGUGUUACAGAUGGCUCCUAAUAUGAAAAUUUUCAUCCUUGGCAAACACCAAUCAUUCAGGAGUAUUUUGAGUGCAUUUGGGAUUCUCUGUGGACAUGAGAAGUAGCAUGCUAAAUGAACUUGUACUAAUUGUGAUGUACAUAAUUUUUUGAAUGAGUGCAUAGUUGAUGCCUAACAUCCAUCAAUAGAACUUUUCAGGUUGUGGCAGAUUGACUAAAUGCACCUAUUUUGAAUGUAUUUUUGAGCUGUUCUGUAGGAGAAUGCUUAGUUAUAUUAUUUGUUAGGUGAACUUGUUUUGAGUUGUAAAUUCUAUGUUGAUCAUUGAUCAUUUACUAACUUUUGGUUGUAAUGGUGCUCUUUACAGCUAAAAUCUGAAUUCCUUGUUAUUUGAUUUCA